CUGAACCCAAUGGUGUCUUGCUAGAAUUAAGAAUUCAAAAAAUCACAGAAGUCUCCCUAGAUGCUGAGCAUACGUUUCUCCCCAGCUUUUUGUAUCUUCUCAUAACCAGAAUUAAUUCAAAACGUCCCAAAGAGGGCGAGCAUCUGUCUUCGGAAUGGGUGGUCCGGCAAGGGCUCUCCUUGGAGGAUUCGGCACAACCGCCUCAUCUCUAGAGGUUGGAGGUCGAAUGGCCUGGGCAAGCAGCAGCCCCUUGGAUCUCAACCAAACACUGCCAUGGGGCGUGGGCGGCGGCUUGGGAGCGGGAGCGGGCGGUGCAGCGGCCAUGAGUUUAGGUUUGGACAAUCAUACCACGCAAGAGUCUGUCUCCAGGACGGUGAUCAAGGAGAAAAACUGGCCAGCGCUGCUCAUACUGGUCAUCAUCGCGCUGACGGUCGGCGGCAACAUUCUGGUGAUCCUGGCCGUGUCGUUGGAGAAGAAGCUGCAGAACGCCACCAACUUCUUCCUGAGGUCGCUGGCUGUGGCCGACAUGCUGGUUGGAAUCCUGGUCAUGCCGAUCUCCCUCAUCAACAUCCUCUACGAUUACGCCUGGCCUCUCCCCAGCGCCCUCUGCCCCAUCUGGAUCUACCUGGACGUGCUGUUCUCCACCGCCUCCAUCAUGCACCUCUGCGCCAUCUCCCUGGAUCGCUACGUGGCCAUCCGCAACCCCAUAGAGCACAGCCGCUUCAACUCCAGGACCAAAGCCAUGAUGAAGAUCGCAGCCGUCUGGACCAUAUCCAUAGGCGUGUCGAUGCCUAUUCCAGUAAUCGGGCUCCACAACGAAGACAAGGUCUUCGUCAAUGGCAGCUGCGUGCUGAACGAGGAGCGCUUCAUGCUGGUCGGUUCCUUUGUGGCCUUCUUCAUCCCGCUGGUCAUCAUGGUGGUGACGUACUGCCUGACCAUACAGGCAGGCCACGGUCUUCCUGUGCGAAGCCAAGACGUCCUCCCAGCAGCCCUUAAACGCACCAGCAAUAUCCAGCUCGCCGCAGCCCCCGCCGGGCGCCUUCCAGCUCCCUCAGGCCAACACGCUCGCUCCGCCAGACUCGCAAGGAGGAACACGCUGAGCUGCCUGCAGGGCGCCGAGGCCGGCCUCCUGCUGGCCGCCUCCGCCCCGGACAGCAUCAGCAUCAUCCCCGGCUGCGAGGCGGCGUCCCAGCUCAGCUCGCCGGCGGCGGGGGCGGGCCGGAGCGACGCGUCGGGUUGCCACGGGCGACGCGGGAUGAUGCAGGCCAUCAAAAACGAGAGGCGAGCCUCAAAGGUCCUGGGAAUCGUCUUUUUCCUCUUCCUCAUCAUGUGGUGCCCCUUCUUCAUCACCAACGUCACCUUCGUGCUGUGCCGCGGCUCCUGCAACGAGUCGCUGCUCCACGACCUCCUCAACGUCUUCGUGUGGGUGGGCUACAUCUCCUCGGGGGUCAACCCCCUGGUCUACACGCUCUUCAACAAGACCUACAGGAGGGCCUUCUCCAGCUAUAUCCGGUGCAGGUACCGGGCGGGCGCCGACGCGGCCGGACAGGGCUGCCGGACCCUCCUGGUGGCGCCGCAGUGCCCCUCGCACGCCGUCACCCCGCUCCUGCCCGGCGGCCACGGGAAGGCCGGGGUGGACCGCAACAGCAACUGCCGCAACGGGGGCCGGGGGGACAACGGGCGGCUGGCGGUGGACCCGGAGGACACCACCGACGACGAGGGGACGCAGACCACCGGGGGGCCGGCCUCGCAGAGCCUGACCGAGUGCCACGGCGCCGACGGCGAGCCGGACAGGGGGCCGACCCCGGUCAGCCCCGCCCACAGAGAACACACCAGCAGCGUGUGA